AUGGCCGUCUUUCAGCAACCUGCCUCCGCCACGCUCCCGCCUCCUUCGACCACGCACCACACCACUCACCACUUGGUGCCUCAGGCUGCCAUUUUGGGAGGGAGGCGCCAAAAAUGGCCUCCUUCAGCACCACGCCAGCUGCACUCUGGCCAGCUCCCAGCCGCCAUGGCUAUAAAUAUCCCCUUCCCACCCAUCCUCCGUCCAACACUGUCCUCACUUCGACUCAAACACCCCUCCAAACAUCUCCCUCUGAUUUUCCGUCGUGCUUUCUUCUAUUCAGUUAUUCAGUCGAGGUCGUGCGUUAAAACAUCUCGAGCACCGAGAUAG